UCAAAGAGCAGGGCAAAACACAGAAGAGAAAUACUCAACAUUCGUAUUCGGACUAACCAUGACUUCCAUCUCCAUAACCAAGGGCGGCAUCUUCAACCUCUCUAAAGGUUUCCCGAAAACCUCUUCUCUUUCUCUAUCUACUCGCAGAGUCUCCCGCGUCUGCUUCUCUUCUCCUUCCUUAAAUUAUAACUACAAUCAUGAGGGCCGAGAUUCAGUGGAAAGGGCCAGAGACUCGAGGGCUGAUAUGCCCUACGAGUCAAGGCAAACAAUGAAUGAGACUGAUGAAGCAAAGGAAGCUCUGAAAGACGCAACGGAAAGAUCUAAACAACGUGCACAGGAAAUGAAGGAGAGAGCAAAAGAGUACGGGCAAGAAGCUAAAGAGAAGGCCAAAGAAGGAACUUACAGAGCCGAGGAUACUGCAAACAGCGCUAAAGAGAAGGCAAAAGGGUAUGCAGAAGAAACCAAAGACAAGGCUAAAGAAGGAACUUAUAAAGCAGCUGAGACUGCACAGAGCGCGAAAGAGAAGGCAAAGGAGUACGCCAAUGAGACAAAAGACAAAGCCAAAGAAGGGACGGAAAAAGCAGCGGAGAGUGCAGAUUACACAAAAGAGAAAGCAAAAGACGACGCGCAAGGGGUGAAGAAGAAGACCGGAGAGGCUACAGAGACGGUGGUGGAGAAGACCAAGGUUGGAACAAUCAAGGCGGCGGAGACGAUGCAGAAUAUAGGAGAAAAAACAAAAGAAGCAAUGCAAGGCGCAUGGGGCGCCGCCAAAAAGACUACACAGAAGAUUAAAGAGGCUGUAGUUGGCAAAGACGACGACGACGACGACGACAUUUAUAAAGAGAAGAAAGUAGAUGAAAAUGUUGAUGAUUUGAGGAGACGAGCAGGAGGAUAUGAUGAGAAUAAGAAGAAGAAAUAUUAAUUAAAUGUUUUGUUUUGUUAAUUAGCUGCAAAUAAGUUGGAGGUGGGUUUGGUGCAACUCACGACAUGGUAGAUGAUACUACUUUUGUUCUUAUUUUCAAGUUAAAUAAUAAUAAUUUUACUUGUUCGUUUUUACAA